AUGCCGCUGCUGCAUGUUGUCAAACAUGAGUUUCUUGAGCCUUCUGUUUAUCUUUUUGGGACGCUCAUGUUUGAACCACAUGGAUUCAGUUUCUUGUGCAACUUGUGGUCAGGAAAAAAUGUUGAUGCUGUUGUGUACUUGGUGGACGCUGUUGACAAGGAAAGGUUUGCCGAGUCAAAGAAAGAACUUGAUGCACUUCUUGCAGAUGACUCCCUUGCAAACGUUCCUUUCCUCAUACUGGGCAAUAAGAUUGACAUCCCCUACGCGGCUUCAGAGGAGGAGCUGCGGUACUACCUUGGCCUGAGCAACUUCACAACCGGGAAGGGCAACGUGAACUUGGCUGACUCCAACGUUCGGCCCCUGGAGAUCUUCAUGUGCAGUGUGGUGCGCAAGAUGGGCUGCUAUGGUGAAGGCUUCAAAUGGAUGCCUCAGUACAUCAAGUGA